AGAAUGAGAAAAAAACACGCUUUGGUUUGGUAUCAGCCAGCUGUUUUUAUUCCGAGUGUUUGAAAAUCAGUGAAAAUUUUAAUGGGUCAAAAUUGAACAGUGUCAUUUCAUUUUCAAACAGUGACAUUUUGUGAACUUGAAGUGAAAAUAUUAUGCUUUGAAAAUUCUUACUGAGUAAAAUAUUAAUCGAUUUAUGAUUUUGUCGCUCAUUACGACAAAUGCUUUUUAGUUUUAUUACGUCGUAUUUCUGAAACGCGAUGUGUUUAUUAAAGUGACUUGUUCCAUUACGUGGUUUCACACUUUGGAAACCUUUUGUCUGUGGAUAGCUGCGCAGUGAAUAUCAGUAGGUGCGGUGCGUUGCUGUAUAACGAACGCAAAUCUUGUGUGCAACGAGUGUGACGUUAAUCGAUUAGGUGCGUUUUGUGGUGAUGUGUUAGUGAGAAGGAGGAAUUUACGUGGUGCGGUGGAUGCAGAGGCAGCGGUAUAGGGGACGCCCGGGCAUGGUGCCGGACAGGUAGCGGGCGCGGGCGGCCUGCGCAGGCCCCACACAAGCAGCCGCGUGUGUUUCCCAGCGUCGUCUAUGGCCGAGCAACACAUUACACCGUCGUCGCACUCUGCACUCACGAGAGAGUCCAACGGGUCUUCUCCUAGCAGGGUAGUGGGCGGUCGGUGGUUGCGUCAGGUGCGUCAAGCGAACCGCAGCCGCCGCAACCGACGCAACGUAACGUCGCCCCUGCCGCGCCACACCAACCGGCACUCGAGCCGUGCCGCCGCCGCCGAUACAGACGCCGAGCCGCGCAGGCACGUCGAGCUCCGGCGAAGCUCGCGCUUAGUCAACGCACUGCCCAGGUCCGAUUACUCCAUAUCCGAGCGCUGGUCCUACGGAGCCGACUUCUACGAGACGCGCUACGACACCGACUACAGGAGCGGAGACUCUUGGAAGUACACGAGCAGCACUAACGCAAAGCGCGGCCGGAAUUCGUCGUCGCAUGACCGGAAGAAGCAUAAACGCCGCCCAGUUACGACAAGCAGUGCCGUCGCAGAGGAUUGCGUCGCGUACUGCACACGCUCGCGAACUGCUCUCAAAUUGAACGAGAGUGCUUGUGAGCCAUCACCGAAUACUUUAAAACCCCAGACGUUACCACGAUUAGCCGUUAAUCAUAACGCUACAGCGACAUCAGCGCCCGAGUGUCCAUUGAAUUCGUCCGAAGGUGGUCUUCUCCCAUUGGACGAAAGAGAUUACGCAUAUUCUCCUUUCAGUUCGUCGACUAUAACAGAGCUCCUCGAUUCGGAUUAUUCCGUGUACAGUCCCACAGCGCACCGCAGGAAGGGCAAAAAGAGGAAGCGAUCUACGCAUCGCUCUCUGUCGACGAGGAAAAGUAGUUGUCUAGUAGAUAUCGAAGACUGCAAGAAGAAGUUUAAGAUAGAUCCAUACAAAGAGGUGGAGGAAGCAAGCGAGGACGCUAUUUCUGAUUGCCGGCAGGAGUACGAUUCGGAGAGACCAGAGUCGGCAGCCGCUUCGCACUCCUCGUGCACGUAUCUGCUGCGUAACAGGCAUCGCGACCUCGGCCCGCCCACCGCCACAGUUAUAAGCGAUAAUUCAGCGAGCACUUCUACAAACGAAGCGGCUCACAAUCAGACGGUAAUCGAACGGAAGAACAUAGAUUUUCGUGGAAGAACUGUUACUCCACCGCCUUAUAAGGAUUUACAAGAGGCCAGUUCAUCAAAAGCGCCUGCAAGUGAGAGUAAGCUACUUAUUGUCCCUCGUGACCUCCCAUACUUACGUCAAACUAACGCUCGUAGGAGUAUCGCUGCUGCGACGGGUGCGAACCUGGGUGCUUGCUUGACGAGGGGGGCUGGCAAUUCGCAGCGGCAGAGGCAGGAAGCUGCUUCUAAAAGACAGGUGUCGGGCACCGAGGAGGCGGGCAGCAGUGCGUCAGGCGGGCGGCGGGCGCGGGCGCGCGACAUGCCGCAGCCGCAACCGGCAUCCACGCGACGAGACAAACGAGGCAAAACCAGUCUGGGUUCUUGUGCCAGCGCAGGAGGUGCGUCCAGCCGGUCUCACCCCCAGCCAUUAACCACGGGUGCCGUGGCGUCUACUUCUUCUUCACCGCCGGUGUCCACUUCGGCCGUUGCGAUGCCUGACAACGCAUCUAAUGAUGCUAAGCAAAAGGCGGCGUCGUCAUCAGGCGAGGAGUGCAACAGCGGCGGUGCGGGCGGCGUUGGGAGCGCGAACGCAGGCGGCGCCGUGGCUUCGGGCGGCGGCGAGGAGUCCUCCUCGGAGGAGGGCGAGGUGGGGCGUCUGCAGGCACUGCUAGAGGCCCGGGGUCUACCUCCUCAUCUGCUCGGCGCCCUCGGCCCGCGCAUGCAACAUCUGCUGCACCGCACCGUUACAGCCAACUCCGCUGCAUCGAAAGCGGCGCAGCUUCUGGCGGGUCUGCAGGCGACCGGUGACGAGGGCCAGCAGCUGCAGGCCGUCAUCGAGAUGUGCCAGCUGCUCGUCAUGGGCAACGAAGACACACUCGCCGGUUUUCCCGUGCGGCAGGUCGUGCCAGCGCUGGUUAACCUCCUGGCCGCUGAACACAACUUUGAUAUGAUGAACCACGCAUGCCGCGCUUUGACGUACAUGCUGGAGGCGCUACCGCGCAGCAGCGUGGCGGUGGCGCUGGCGGUGCCCGCCUUCCUCGACAAGCUGCAGGCCAUCACCUGCAUGGACGUCGCCGAGCAGAGCCUCACCGCGCUAGACAUGCUCUCCAGGAGACACUCUAAAGCCAUCUUACAGGCGCGUGGAGUAUCAGCGUGCCUCACCUAUCUCGACUUCUUCUCUAUCAAUGCGCAGCGCGCGGCGCUCUCCAUCACCGCAAACUGCUGUCAGAAUCUCACUCCGGACGAAUUCCAUCUCGUCAGGGACUCUCUACAAUUACUAGCCAACAGGUUGACACAACAAGACAAGAAAUCAGUUGAGUGUGUUUGCAUGGCAUUCUCUCGACUUGUGGACAGCUUCCAAAAUGAUCCGGCCAGACUUCAAGAGAUCGCCACUCCAGAACUCCUUACGAACUUGCAGCAACUGCUGGUGGUGCAGCCAGCGCUGAUCUCAGGCAGCACGUUCAUUACGGUACUGCGGCUGUUAUGGGUGAUGUGCGCCGCCUGCCCGCAGCUGGCGCUCGCACUGCACCAGCGCUCCAUCGCAGACACCCUGCUUUGUCUGCUCACCGGCUCCGCGGCGCACCACGAGCAAGUGGAGUUGGUGCCGCGACUGCCGCAGGAGUUGUACGAGAUCACGUGUCUGAUCGGCGAACUGAUGCCACGUCUACCCACCGACGGCAUCUUUGCCGUCGACGCCCACCUCGACCGCCCCUGGUCGGGCGGUGUCGACCGCACCGCGCAUUGGCAGUGGCGUGAUGAUAGAGGCGUUUGGCGGUCGUACUCGUGGGCAGAGAGCCGAGCGCUGGAGGCGGGCGUGUCGGGCGGCGAGGAGGAGGUGUGCCUCACUACGCUCGGCCGCUCCUACACCGUCGACCUCACCGCCAUGCAGCAGCUCAACGACCACACCGGCACCGCGCGCCCCGUGCAGCGCGUCGCACCCGCACCGCCUGCCACAGACGCCGCCGCAGCCGCAGCCGCCCCAGACCCGCGCAUAGCGAUGGUGCGCUGCAACCCGUCGCUGGUACGAGCCCUGCUGGCGGUGCUGCAUGAGGUAUACUGGAGCUCCGCUGGACCCGCCGUGCGCUCGCAGGCGCUUAAAGCCAUCCUUCGUUGCGUCUAUUACGCCGAUGCACCGCUACUGCGACAAGUGCUCAAGAUGCAGGUGAUAUCGUCUCACAUCGCCGGCAUGAUGGCAUCGAGCGACCUGCGCAUUGUGGUGGGCUCGCUGCAGCUGGGCGAGAUCCUGAUGCAGCGACUGCCGGAGGAGAUGGGGGCGCAGUUCCGCCGCGAGGGCGUGCUGCACCAGGUGUCGCAGCUCGCACAACCCUCACACCCUGCACAGCCGACGCAACCAGCGCCGCAAGCGCACACGCCGAGGCAUCACAAGAUAAAGUCUCCGAGCGGCACGAGCGCCCGGUCCGGUGGCGGCGCGUCCCCGCCUGCCUCCACCUCGCUCACAGCCAUUGAACACAACUUGUCCCUGGCCUUCUCCGCCUCGGGUUCAUUCGUCACCAGUUCCUUACCUACAGGCAAUGAGAGCUCGGAACCUGGACCUACUACAUCAGCGUCGACGUAUCCACAUACUUCACCCACAGUACAUAGAUCUGGCAGCCCGCUGCAGUUGGCAGAAAUGUUAAGGCGGAAGCGCGCAGUACGGCGGUCUGGAGGUGCGCCGGCGCGUGGCCCACGACGCCGUGAAGAUUUGACUCCACCGCACCAGCCGCCCGCUGCCCCCGCUGCACCCGCUGCCCGUGCGCCCCCACAUGCGCACGCGCAUCAACCACACCAAGCGCAUGCAGCGUCCGCGAUACCGUCUGCGUCACGGUCGACGUCGCGUGUGGGCGGAGCGUCGCGCACAUCAUCGUUCCUGUCCUCUCUGAACCCAUCGCGCUGGGGUCGCACGCCGCACGCGCACCGCGACACCGCCUUGCUCGCCUCGCCGCACGCCUCCACUAACCUCACCGUACAAAACAAAGAGAAGGUUCGCGAAUGGAUAGUAUGGAAAGCGGGUCGCCUGCAACGCGAGUGGGGCGCGCUGGAUGGUGGCGCGGGUGCGCUGGAGCAGUUGGCCGCAUUGGCAGGCGCUCUGCCCCACGCGCAUCAGCGUCGCGCUGCGCUGCACCAGCUGCGCGACACGCUGCUGCAUCACGACGUCUCGCCAUUCGAGGUGAAUCAUUCGGGAGUGCUUGGCGCGCUGCUGCAAUACCUGACGGGCAGCGAGGCCGAGGGGCAGGCGGAGGGCGGGGAGCGCGACGCGGAGACGGAGGCGCGUGACGCCGCGCAGGAGAUAGCCGACUGCGAGGAACGCCUCCGACUCUUUCUGCACGUCUUCGCCGACAUGCCGCUCGUGCCCGACGACCGGGAUUGGAUGGAGCAAGUGUCAGAAGUUGGCGUGGCAAGCGGUGGGGGCGGGGCGGGCGCACUGGCGGCGCUGGUGGGCAAGGUGAAUGCGUGCGUGUCGCACCUCGAGCAGUUCCCAGUGCGUGUGCACGACCUGCCCGCACGCCCCGCCACCUCCGCCCUGCGGUUCUUCAACACCCAUCAACUCAUGUGUGAUCUCAAACGUCAUCCAAAUUGCACCAACCUGAAACAAUGGAAGGGUGGUGUGGUACGGAUAGACCCAUUAGCUUUAGUACAAGCCAUUGAACGUUAUCUGGCGCAGCGCGGAUACGCCAGCACGCGGCCACGCGACGGCACCGCGGCGGCCGCGCACUCUGACGACGAGGCAGCCUCCGACGACGACGUCGAGGACUCGCUCGGCACGCCGCCGCACCACCAACCCACUGAUUCUGAACACAAAUUGGAAUUCCUUAUCGGCGACACGGUGCUGCCGUACAACAUGACGGUGUACCAGGCGGUGCGACAGUUCGGCGACCACACAGACGCUGACACUGACACUGAAACGCCUAUCGCAAAUGCUGGCAUCUGGGUGCAAACACACACGAUAUACUACCGCGCAGUGGAGGCGGGCGAGGCUCCGCGUACUGACGCCGCCGCCUCUCGCAAAGGCAAGGGACACACCACCAAGAUCUCAUCACGACGCAAGCCCGAUCUGCUCUGGAACGAGGGCAUAGUGCCUGCGCGCGAAUCGCCUCUGUUCGUGAUCCUGCGGUCGCCGCUGGUGAGCGGGGGUGAGGUGAAGGACGCGUCGCUACCGGCGCUGGGCCUGCUGCGCGCGCUGCACGCCCUGGCGCGUCACUGGCAUACGCUGUACCGCGCCGCCUGCCUGCCCGACCACCGCCCACUAGUGCCCAACUCGGACUUCAUCAAUCCCAAACUUGCUGCAAAAGCAAAUCGACAGCUUCAAGAUCCAUUAGUAAUUAUGACCGGAAAUUUGCCACCUUGGUUAAAGAAAAUUGCUUAUGCUUGUCCAUUCGUGCUGCCAUUCGAGUGCCGUCACUUGCUGUUCUACGUGGUGUCGUUUGACCGCGACCGCGCGCUACAGCGGCUGCUGGAGGCGGGCGGAGAGCGCGGCGCUGCGGCGGCGGACGAGCGCGUAGCACCGCGUCUCGACCGGCGCAAGCGCACCGUGCAGAGGCACAGCGUGCUGCGCCAGGCCGAGCACGUGAUGCACGAGUUUGCGCACACCAAGGCCCUUCUCGAGAUACAGUACGAGAACGAGGUCGGCACCGGACUCGGGCCCACGCUCGAGUUCUACGCACUCGUCUCACAGGAAUUGCAACGCGCCGAUCUCGAUUUGUGGCACGGAAGUGAGAACUUCAAGCAGAAGCCGACAUCGUUCGGUGGCGAAAUAGUAAAGAGCCAACCGCCCGUUGUGACGGACCGGUCGUCAGACGCGGCGACGAGGCUCGCCUCCUCUGUGCGUGACGCGCUCAGCCUAGACGAGGAUCGCUCGCCGCAGCCCUCUGACCUCGAAAAGGAGACCUCCAUCCCCUCGCCUGCGCCCGACGCUACCUACGUCAACUGGCCUUGUGGACUUUUCCCACAAGCCAUCGGCCGCAACGCCAGGGCCUCACAUCUCUCUCGGGUCAAGGCUAAAUUCCGUUUUCUAGGAAAGUUCAUGGCUAAAGCUGUUAUGGAUUCUAGAAUGGUGGACAUCCCGCUGUCAGUGUCGAUGUACCGGUGGCUGGUGAGCGAGCAGCGGUGGCUGGGGCUGAGCGACGUGCGACACGUUGCACCCGAGCUGUGGCGCUCGCUGUGUCGGCUGCGGCGCGUCGCCGAGCGCGCCCAGGCUAUCGCCGCUGACUCUCGGCACACACAAGACCAGCGCGCGCAUCUCAUCAAUGCACUGGAGCUGGACGGUUGCCCGAUCGAGGAGCUGGGUCUGGACUUCAUUCUGCCGGGCGACGGGUGCACGGAACUGCGGCGCGGUGGGCGCGACCUGCCCGUCACCGCGCACAACCUGCACAACUACAUCGGCCUCGUCACGCACUGGCUGCUCUAUGAAGGAGUGGCGAAACAGAUGGAGGCGUUUAAAGAAGGAUUUGAAUCAGUAUUCCCAUUGGCAAAUCUCAAGAUAUUCUACCCUGAAGAGUUGGAACAAGUAUUUUGUGGAAGCCCAUCAGGAGGACGCGAGCAGCGGUGGGAGGCACGCAUGCUGGCGGAGUGCAUCCGGCCCGACCACGGCUACACGGCAGAAUCACGCGCCAUCCGCAUGCUGGUCGACAUCCUCGCCUCGUACUCGCGCGACGAGCAGCGCCUCUUCCUGCAGUUCGUCACCGGCAGCCCCCGUCUGCCCACUGGAGGAUUUAAAGCGCUGAACCCCCCUUUGACGGUGGUACGCAAGUCGCUGGAGUCAUCUCUGGACCCAGACGAGUACCUGCCGUCGGUGAUGACGUGCGUCAACUACCUCAAACUGCCGGACUACAGCAGCGCGGAGGUGAUGCGCGCCAAGCUGCGCCUUGCCGCCUCCGAGGGCCAGCACUCCUUCCACCUUUCGUGAACACUCUCUCUCUCUGUGUAUGGUACUAGUGUGUGUAAAUGCGGUUAGUGAUAUUGAUAGUUGUUGUAAUGCUGCGGCCACAUCCCCGGACACCUACCCUCUUAUGUGCAAUCAGAGUGAUUUAUUUCCCCACUGUGUGACAGACACCUUAAAGUGCUGUGUUAUUUACGUUUUGUUCCCUUUUCGUUUUACUUUUAGAUUACAUAAAUAUGUUUAUAACUAUAUUUUGUGUUAAUUUAAUGUGAUAGUUUUGUAUAUUUCUUUAUGAAUAUGUUAGAGAUUGGUUCUGAAUAUGUAAGAAUAGGGUGUGCGGUGCGCGGCGCGACGCGGUGCGGCGUGCGCGCAUCACUUGUAAUCAUCACCAUGUUAUAUAAAAUACCUUACUACAUAAGUCACGUUUGAUGGACCAUUAAAAUCUUCUUUGAGAGUCCCUUCGAGUUAUGAUAUAGCAUUUAAUGUCAAACGGUAUAUAUGUUUUGAUUAAUCUCUAAGAAUGAUAAUUGAUUAACAUUAAAGUGCAAAAUUUAAUAUGUAACAUUUCAAUAAAACCUAUAAACAAUACUGAUCAA